GCUGCACGGACUCUGACCCACGCGAGCUCACGGCCGGCCAUGGCUCCGCUGCGCUUCUCGGCUAACGUGUCGUGGCUGUUCCCCGAGCUCCCCAGCCUCCCCGCGCGGCUCCGGGCCGCGGGCAGUUCGGGUUUCGAGGCGGCCGAGGUUGGCUGGCCGUACGGGGAGCCGCCGGAGGCGCUGGCGCGCGCGGUGCAGGAAGUGGGGCUACAACUCGUGCUGAUCAACACGCCCCCGGGAGACCGAGAGAAAGGGGAGAUGGGGCUGGGGGCCGUUCCCGGGAGGCAGGCGGCCUUCCGAGAUGGGCUGGAGCAGGCUGUGCUGUACGCCAAGGCUCUGGGCUGUCCCAGGAUUCACCUGAUGGCUGGCCGAGUGCCCCAGGGGGCUGAUCGAGCAGCAGUCAGGAGUGAAAUGGAGACAGUUUUUCUGGAGAACCUGAGGCACGCAGCUGGGGUUUUGGCUCAGGAGAACCUUGUGGGGCUGCUGGAGCCCAUCAACACCCGCAUCACGGACCCCCGGUACUUCCUGGAUACGCCCCAGCAGGGUAGGACCCCAGCCCUGUGUCUCCUCCUGUCCCUUGAUUCUUGCACCCUCCUUGAGUCUCAUGGCCCCCUUCCCGGUUUCCCUCCAGCGGCAGCCAUCUUAGAGAAAGUUGGAAGACCCAACCUCCAGUUACAGAUGGACAUAUUCCACUGGCAGAUCAUGGACGGGAACCUGACAGGGAACAUCCGGGAGUUCCUGCCCUUUGUUGGGCACGUGCAGGUGGCACAGGUCCCGGGCCGAGGGGAACCCAGCAGCCCUGGAGAGCUGAACUUCCCCUAUCUGUUCCAACUGCUGGAAGAUGAAGGCUACAAAGGCUUUGUGGGCUGCGAGUACCAGCCUCGAGGAGACACGGUGGAGGGCUUGAGUUGGCUACGUUCAUACUGGGAUAAGCGGGGCCGCCCACAGGCUGGCCAGUGAGGUCCUGCACUCCAGCCACACACCUCUGGGAUGGUGAGCUGCACAUCCCGAGUCUCCUCUGAAUUAAAGACAACCUGCUGA